GACCCAGAAGCCAUAUUUACUCGUCAGGAACGAAUUGGCAAAGGCUCCUUUGGUGAAGUUUACAAAGGCAUUGAUAGAAGGAAUCAACAGACGAUAGCAAUAAAGAUUAUUGAUCUGGAAGAGGCCGAAGAUGAGAUAGAAGACAUCCAACAAGAAAUUAUGGUGCUCUCUCAAUGCGACAGUCCUUAUGUCACUAAAUAUUAUGGAUCUUACUUGAAGGAUACAAAAUUAUGGAUAAUAAUGGAAUAUCUAGGUGGUGGAUCUGCUCUCGACCUUAUGAAAGCUGGGGCAUUUGAUGAACAGUACAUAGCUAUUAUAUUAAGGGAACUUUUGAAAGGGCUUGAGUAUUUGCACGGUGAAGGAAAGUUGCAUAGGGAUAUUAAAGCUGCUAACAUAUUGCUGUCAGAGAAGGGAGAUGUGAAGUUGGCAGACUUUGGGGUGGCAGGUCAGCUGACAAACACCCUUAAUAAGAAAAGCACCUUUGUUGGUACCCCAUUCUGGAUGGCACCUGAAGUUAUUAAGCAAACCCCUUAUGAUUGCAAAGCUGAUAUAUGGAGUCUUGGCAUUACAGCCAUCGAAUUGGCCAAGGGUGAACCGCCCAACUCAGACAUGCAUCCAAUGAGGGUCCUGUUUCUCAUUCCCAAGAACAACCCCCCACAACUCACUGGUGAUUACAGCAGGGCCUUUAAAGAUUUCGUCGAACUAUGUCUCAACAAAGAGCCUGAAAACAGACCACAAGCCAAAGAGCUAUUGAAGCAUAGAUUUAUUGCGAAAUCAAAGAAAACAUCUUACUUGGUGGAGCUUAUUGACCGAUUUAAAGAUUGGCUGAAAGAUCACGACAACGAUGGAGAGAUGAACAGAUAUGAUGAGGAAGAUGAUGAUGACGAUGAUGAGUUAGUAAAUAUUUAUGCAUUGUUUAAUUUGAAAAAAAUUUUCUUUUGUUUUUCUUUUGCAGCACUAACAACUGUGCUUACAAAUUGUUCCAUAUUAAACUGCAAUAAGACUUUCAUUCCACAAAAGGCUGUAACAUCCAAAGCACAUGACACACAACACGAACGAGUACUGCUAUAA